UUAACUGCCUGCAACAAUAGGCUUCAGCUAAUGCCUUGCUAGAUACUCCUGUUUUCUUUUGGAUUUUAAAUUAAUCAAAUUCAGACGCAGACGAUAAUGUUACAUGACAUAUAUAAUUAUUAAAUCGCUUAUAUAAGUUUUCAUAGUUGCCUAGAGAUCUUUUUAUUGGUUAAUGAUUGGGAAGUUUGUCCUAGAGCGAAUUUCCUGGUUUUCAGUAAAGUCAGUGGAUGCUGAGCACGUACUUGCUAUUACUAAUGUAUUAUUUGUAUAUUUCACAUUUAGUUGCUAUUGCCGCUUUCUAAAUAAGCACCGUUGCCUACGGUUCGGCCGGCAGAUAGCUCAGGUUUGCAGAAAACUGGGUGAUCUUUGUCGCUCCAUGGGGCCUGACAAAGGACUUCAGUCGUUUAAUAUUUGUCAUUUUAACACGAUUAAUGAUGAUAUCCAGUUGUUUUGUAGUUGAAUUUAAAUAGUAGAAAGCGCGAAGGUUCGUGAAUAAUAAAUUGUAGCACCUGCGAAUUACGGCUUAUCAGACAUUGUCAAUGCUACUGUUCAAAACCAUUUUGCAGCCCCGUGCGUUGUAUUUGCGUUAUCAGUCAAGCUGGGGUUUUUGCUUAAUAAGAAAGUGCAGGAUGUCCUCUGUCCCAUUGGCUGCAAUUUGUCAGGUGACCUGUACACCUGAUAAGGAAGCCAACUUUGCUGCUUGCAUGCGAUUGGUGGAGCAGGCAAAGGAAGGCGGGGCUAGCAUGGUCUUUCUCCCAGAGGGAUUUGAUUACAUCGGAUCCAACCAAGAAGAGACCCUAAAGCUGUCAGAGAGUCUGCUGGGGAACACCAUCUCACGCUACACCCAGCUGGCCAGGAAACUGGGUAUUUGGCUUUCUCUGGGGGGCUUUCAUGAGAGAGGGGAAGACUGGGAGACAGACAGGCGGAUCUACAAUAGUCACAUCAUCAUUAAUGACACGGGUAGCAUUGUGUCAGUGUACAGAAAGGGCCACCUGUUUGAUGUGGAGCUGACAGGAAAAGGUGUUUCUCUGAAGGAGAGUUCCUUUACUAUACCUGGACACAGUCUGAUGCCCCCUGUUCAAACCCCAGUGGGAAAGGUUGGUCUGGGUGUAUGCUAUGAUCUCCGAUUUCCAGAACUCUCUCUGGCUCUCCUGCGUCACGGAGCAGAGAUUUUGACCUAUCCAUCAGCCUUUACUGUGGCAACAGGUGCUGCCCAUUGGGAGGUUCUGCUUCGUGCUCGGGCCAUUGAGAGUCAGUGUUUUGUCAUGGCUGCUGCCCAAGUCGGGUGUCAUCAUGCCAAACGCAGCUCAUACGGUCAUGCCUUGGCAGUGGACCCCUGGGGAGAGGUGCUGGGUGACUGUGGAGCAACUGAACCGGGUUUGGCUCUGGUGGAGAUCGACCUGCAGAAGCUCAGAGACACCAGGAGGAACAUGCCUGUUCAGCAGCAUCGGCGAGAUGCAAUGUUCUACUGCAGUCUGGACUGAGCAGAAAGCGCCAUGGAAUAUCAGCGGACUCUGCGCAUUAUUUUGUGAAUCACAAAGCACCCCACAUAUGGUUAUGGUGUCAGACUGCCCCAGAAAGUUGUUUAUUCCAGUCUUGUGUUUGUAGCAUUGUAGAUUGUUAAUCAG